AUGUUCAAGCCUGCAGUUGCACACAAUGUCAUCAAGGCUCUGAACACCGUCCGCCCUGCUACAUGCUUCACCCGCCCUCUCUCAUACACUGUGUCACUCGGAAAGAAGAAGAACGAUGACCCUUUAAAAGACCCCAUCAUCUCUGCGACAACCAAGGCCCCCGAGGGUACUUCUGGUGUGGUGGAGGGCCAAUUCGCUCGCACCGAUGAAAGCGUCCACAUCGAAUACCCUCCCGACAGCGAGAUUCCCGCUCAGCCCGUGGCUCAGGGACGCGGUGGCAUGCAUUUCAAGCGUACACUGGCUCAAUUCUCACUUGAGAAAAAGGUCAGCGUCGUGACUGGUGGUGCUCGUGGCUUGGGUCUGGUCAUGGGCCAAGGCCUCGUCGCUUCCGGCUCGGAUUUGGCUAUCAUUGAUCUCAACGAGGACGAAGCCGAGUCCGCAGCUACCUCGUUGAUCGAGCAGUUCCGCAAGGAGAAUCCCGGUCUGGAAGACAUGCCCAAAGUCACUGCUCAUUACGCGGACGUCGCCAGCCCCGACUCCGUGCAGAACGCCAUGACCGAAGUGCUAGCCAAACAUGGCCAGAUCGAUAACCUGGUCACCUCGGCCGGCUUUACCGAGAACUUCGAGGCCAUCAACUACCCCUUCGACCGUAUGCAGAGACUGUGGGGCGUCAAUGUCGAUGGCACAUACCUCUUCGCCAUCAAUGUUGCCAAGCACCUGAUGGAGCGCAAGGCGCCCGGUAGCAUUGUCAUGAUCGGCUCCAUGUCCGGUUCCAUUGUUAACGUUCCCCAGCCCCAGGCUCCGUACAACGCUGCGAAGGCUGCUGUGCGCCACCUUGCCGCUUCGCUCGCUGUGGAGUGGGCUGGCCAUAGUAUCCGCGUCAACUGCAUUAGCCCGGGCUACAUGCUCACUGCUCUAACCCGGAAGAUCCUCGAUGAGAACCCCCAGCUUCGCGACCAAUGGAUCUCUCUCAUCCCUGCCGGCAAGAUGGGCACACCGGAGGACCUGAUGGGUGCCGUCACCUUCUUGCUCAGCGAUGCCUCCAAGUACGUCACUGGGGCAGAUCUCCGUGUUGACGGCGGCUACACCGUAACUUAA